AUGACAGGGAAACUGCUUACGCGCAGCGCCGCUGUUGCCUGGUGUCCGUCGGCUGCAUGCGCGCGUUCUCUGCGGCAGCAGCAGCAAGGCGGCGAUGCUAAAAGUCGCAGCAACCCCGUGGGGGUCUGUGGCUCCCUGGGGGGGCCCCAGCUUCUCGCCUUGGGUACUAUGGGGGUAGAUCCUCGCCUGGAGUUUGCCAGUGUGGAUUUGUCUUCGCCUUCUCCGUCUCUGCCGAUUGUUGCCUCUGUGAACGCUCCUGCACCCUUCCAGUGCAUCACCUGGGGUUACCCGGGGGAGUCGAAUGCCGUGGAUGGCUGCAUGCUCGCGGGAGGCAUGGCAGACGGCGAUGUCACUCUGUGGAGUGCUAGCGAGAUUCUCAGGUCAAUACUCCCCUUACGGUUCUGCAUGUGGGGUGGUGGUGUGCCUGUGCAACGAUACUGCAGACAAGGAGUUUCCCAGAACGACUGCGUGUCUGGGGGGUUGUUGUCGUCUAUUGCCGUUCAAAAGGGGCAGAGGGUACAGACUUUGCAGUUCAAUCCUUUGCGCCCAGCUCUCCUCGCAGCAGGCUGCAGUGGGGGCGGUCUCUCUGUUUUGGAUGUGGAGGUUCUCGAGGAAGCGGUUGCGCACCACCCAGGGUCUGAAGGGGCAGGUGCUGACGAAGGAGAGUGCACAUGUUUGAGUUGGAAUGGAUCAGUGCCUCACAUCCUUGCAACCGGCACGGGGACUGGUCAGACAGUUGUGUGGGACCUAAAGCAGGGGAAGCCUGCCAUUAGCUUUUGUGACCCCCAGCAUCGUCAUUCCCGCCCUAGCUCAGUAUUGUGGUUGCCUUCACAACCAACGCAGCUCCUCCUCGUAUACGAUGACGACAGAAAUCCUUCUCCCCAGUUAUGGGAUCUAAGGAAUGCUACUUUUCCUCUAAAGGAAGCUCUCGUGCAACCGCCGUUCGGGCAUACGCGUGGCAUAGUAUCGGCCUCUCUUUCCCCAGCAGACAGCCGCCUAGUGCUGACAUGUGGACGCGAUAGCCGUUUGGUGUGCUGGUGGUUAGCGGAAGAGUUGACGCAAAUGCAGCAGACGCACAGCAACGGAAUUGAGGUGUAUCUCCAGCAGCAGACGGCGGAGCCUUUUAUGCAGAUCUUGUGGUCACCCUCGAUGCCAGGUGUCUAUGCAGCGGCAACGCCAAUGCAAAUUUCCGUCCGUUCGCUUCUGGCCUCCGCUCUCUCAGGAAGUGGGAUCCAGCCUGGAACAGAUAAUUUCUUUGGGCAGGACGAUUGCACAAUGAUGGGUUCAACGAGCAGCAGCCUUAUUCCUUCCUGGUUGAAGAAGCCUCGCGGGCUCGCCUUUAGUUCGGACGGCAGGCUAGCGUUUUCUUCGGCAACGAGUCGCUGCGUAGAGUUGACGCAACCCUCCGGCGAUGAAGGCGGCAACGCUGCAGAGCAGCCGGAAGAGGAGGGGGCCAUAGUGCAAGCAGCGACACUAUGCGCGCAGGUGCAGCAGCUGGAUGGUUUCAUACGACAGCAGAACUGGACAGAGCUCUGCAUGCUACAGCUUCAGCAGUUUGAAGAGCAGCAGCAGCAGCAGCAGCAGGAUAAGGAGCCGAGUGAUGCUCUGUUGGAACGGGAGAUCUGGGAAGCACUCUUGAAUACACUACAAGGGCGGAUUUCCAACUUCGGGUGCCCUAGCAAAGACGAAUUGCUGCAGCAACUCGAAAGUGUUAUAGGACGACCUUUGCCUUCUACGCUGCUGGCGCAACAGCAGCAGCAGCAGCAAGAGCUGAUGAUGCAGCAAAUGCAACAGCAGCAGCAAAUGCAACAGCAAAUGUACGGCUACGGCAUGCAGCCUCAGGGUUCAGAUAUUCGAUCCACAGGUUUACCGGGGUAUCCCAUGAUGAAUGGCACGAUGGCUCCUCUACAGCCGCAACAGCAACAGCAAGUGCAGCAACGGCAGCAGCAGGCGCCUUCCCUCUCUGCAGUGGAUCCUGAGAAGUUCUUCUCUCAGUUGGGGGGGGCAAAAGAUCGUGAGGCAUCAACGGAGCAGCAGCAGCAGCUGCUGCAGGAAUCGAUGACUCCUUCUGAGCACGCGCAUGAGUUGCAGCACCAGCAUUCGCAGCCUCAAGAGCAGCAGCAGGAGGAAGACAAAGAAGACUCCGUGAAGGGCAGCCUCCUCGUACAAAAAAGCUCUUCUCAGCGAGGCGACAUCGACUGGACUGCUUCACCGUGGCGUUUGCUGCGGGAGUGCCUGCUUAGCGGCUGUGUGGAGGGAGCUGUCGAGCUGCUCAAGGAGCACGGCUCAUUAGACGAUGCACUGUUUCUAGCAGGGGCGGCAGCUGCCACGGCUCCUUCACAGCCACAGCAAGGCAGCAGCGGCUGCCUUGCGCAAGCCGCAGAAGGUCUAGGUCUCACUAUGUGGCGUAGCGUUGCAGAGGCUUACGUUGAAAACAUGCGCGAUCCGUUUUUCAAGCUCUUUGGACUAGUUGCACUUGAUCGACUUGAGAACUUAGCCGAUUCUGUUGACUUGCCGGUAUGGCGAGAAGCCUUGCGUCUUCUCGGCUGCUAUGCUCGAGACGCAGAAGCGUCUAACUGCCUAGCCCGGAGGCUUGGGCAGAGGCUGGCUGCUGCGGGUGAUCUCUGGGGAGCGCUUUUGUGCCUCAUCAGCGCGAAGGAUUUCCAGGGGGCAUGCAGCAUCUGGAUGCAGCAGCUGCAGCAGCGCACGCAGCAGCACCGUCGGCGUCGCAGCGGCAGCUGCAACGGCUUCUUUGCGCAGCAGCUUCUCGACACGCUGAAAAAGAUGCUUGUCUUGAGGGCAGCUGCCAGCUACAGAGGGUCCUGUGCUGCCUUCGAGCGGAUCGUCAUCGCAUAUGCCGACGAAGCCUCAAGCCUCUCCUGUGUGACGAGUGCGAUGCUGGUGCUAAGCCUCUACUUGGAUGUGUGCAGCAGCAGCAGCAGCAGCAGUGGGGCAGCAGCAGGAGGCUCAGGAGGGCCCCAAGGAAUAAAUCCAGAGGUGCAUGCUGCUGCUGUUGAGCUGGCUACAAGGCUUUACCACAGCAACCCAGUCGCCAUGCAGCAGGCCGGAUUUGUGCCUCCCCAGCUUCCAGCAAAAACUCCCGCGAUUGGAUCGUGCACCUCCCCCCCCACCGACUGCCUUGCAAGGCAGCAGCACGCAGGAUGGAAAUCUGCGUUCUCAGAGCCUCCUAACCAACGCGAGGGGAUAACCACUCCUGCGCCUUACACGGCUCCUACAGUGGGAGCUCAACCCGUAAAGCCUGGCAUGCCUAUCCCUUGGCCUAUCCCCACGGCAGCACAGCUCAACCAGCGGUCUACGCGCAGUACGUAUGCGGCGAAUAUAGGCAUCAACAGAGCGUCUGAGAAGGGCGGAGAUGGCAAGGCUUUGGCGGCUGAUCAACUGGCCUUGGUGCGCGGUGUCUUGAGCAGCCUGGCACAAAUGCAGCAAGGCUCUGCUGCCCACGAUCUGAUGAAUCGAGUUGAGGAUCUCCUUCAGAAGCUUCAGCAGGGGGAAUUAAGCGCAGGGGCGUCGGAGAAGGUGGUAGCGCUCUGCAACGCAGUCCAAGGGGGAGACAUCAACCAGGCUCAGCGCCUUCAUGCUGAUCUCUCGUCUACUGAGUGGCAUGCGUCAAACAGACAGUGGCUGAUGGCGCUCAAGCGUCUCAUUCCCAAAUCGUAG